UAGACCAGAAGGAGGAGCUUGAAUAUAAAACCAAACAACCUUCCACACCCUGCAGUCUGGGGAAGUUCCUCUGCAUUCCUGGCAUACACACACACACACACAUAUACACACACAUAUACACACACAGAGAGAAAGCUAUGGUGACUCUACUGCUGUCCGAGAGGGGGUGUGGUGUGGGCCUGUAGGACUGGAGACCAGAACCUCACCAUACAGGACCUGUCAGUGUCAUCAUGAGUAAGGCGGGACAUGAUGACCCUGAAAAGUCACCUGGUGAAAAACCUCCUGGUCCUGCUUCUACCGGGCUAGGAUGGACCAAGGUCAGCUGCCCGUGUUGCGUGUCGGAGGUGGUUGAGCCCCUGGUUCUGGUGAAGCUCGGAGAAAAGGUCCGUCCUGAGACCAAAAGGUGGCUCAUCAGACUAAUCGGAACGGCACAAAGAGACGGAGGGGCGGGAUUACUAGCCCAUCCAGGCGAAGAUGCCAGCGGUGAUAUCAUUGUGGUCUCCGCCCCACGGUGCACAUUACUCCGAGCCACCGAAGAGCUGGGUUUGUGUAAGACUUACAGUUCUGGAGAAAUGGAGACCUUCUCGUACGAAGACAGAGACAACUUUAGACACUCGGACAACAUGGAGGUCUUUCUGACGCUGGCUGAGAGACAGUACAUCGUGAAGUACGAGCUGGAGGGUCUGCAUGCACGGAGGGAUGUCAGGAUUCCUGGUCUGGCGGACGACUACACGCUACAACACAGAGAUAACAUAUGGCGGAAGAUGAAUUCUGCUGGUGUGGUUGUGGACACGUUCCCUCUUCAUAAACGGCAAAAACUGAAGGAGCUCAGCAAGUCUUGGUACACUGGGAAUCAGCUGUCUCAACCGCUGGAUUCUGUCAAUGAAUAUUUUGGCAGCACAGUCGGCUUUUAUUUCAGCUUCCUGGACUUCUACACCUGGUCUCUGCUCCCCCCUGCGAUAAUGGGCCUGUCCAUCACAUACUUCUCCAGUGAGGUUCAAAAGGAGGUGGUGGAGUCAGUGUCUGGCUCAAAGGUGGAGAACCUCCACGAAGACACAGGACUCCCUGUCAGUGGUCACAUGAUCCAAGCUGUGUUCAGCAUGCUGUGGUCCACCUUGGUCAUGGAGCUGUGGAAGCGUCGCAGCCACACCCUCUCCUACCGCUGGGGGACCCUUCAUCUUGCUGAGCGCUUUGCAGAGCCCCGGCCUGGUUUCCACGGUCAUCUUGGGGUGAACCCCGUCACCGGUCGUGUGGAGCCACUGUUUCCUGAAUGGCAGAGGGAUCUCCGAAUGGCACUGGUGUCAGUCCCUGUGGUGGGAAUGUUUCUGGGACUGGUGGUGCUGGGUAUGCUGUGUUUCUAUUGGGGGGAGGACCAGGUGAUGCGGCUCCAUGAGGACUGGGACUCGGUGGUGUCGCAGACGUUGGUGUACGCGCCCUCCGUGCUUCAUAUUGUCUACACGAACGUGCUGGCUACUCUUUACAAAACGGUGGCUCAGUCUCUGACUGAAUUUGAGAACCACAGAGAGGAGUCAGCCUUCCAGAACCACCUAACAGCUAAAGUCUUGGUGUUCACAUUCUUUAACUACUUUGCGGUACUCUUCCAUAUUGCAUUUGUCAAGCAAGACGUGCCUUUGCUUCGUAAGCGUCUGGCUUCGUUGCUGAUCGUGACCCAGCUGGUGAACCAGGUAACGGAGGUGGUAGUUCCCUUCCUAGUGGACCGCUUUGUUAGCGCCCCCCACAGGGAGGAGAGUGAGGAUGACCCGCAGGAGGAUAAAUUUAGGAAUCAAAUCAGCCUGCCAGUAUUCCCUGGCCUAUUUGCAGAAUACAUCGAGCUGCUGGUGCAGUUUGGGUACUUGAGUCUUUUCUCAUGCGUUUACCCUCUGACCGCCAUGCUGCUGCUCAUCAACAACGUCACCGAGAUCCGCACUGACGCCUACAAGAUCUGCAAACUCUUCCGCAAGCCUUUUUCCGCCCCCGUGGCCAACAUGGGAGUAUGGCAGAUCGCUUUUGAGAUCCUGAGUUUUAUUUCUGUGGUGUCGAACUGCUGGCUGCUGACGCUCUCGCCACAAUUCCAAAGGAUGCAUCAGGAGGGCGAGAUGAGCAGCACCAACAUCCUGCUGUUGGCCGUGCUGGCUGAGCACGUUCUCAUCGUCGUCAAACUGAUUAUGGCAGCCGUCAUCCCCGAUGAGCCAGAAUGGAUCCGAAAAAAGAGAGCCCACAUCGAGUUCACGUCCAUGCAGGCGCUAAAACAGCAGGGCCUACCUGCUGAUGAGUCCUGAUCGUGGUUGAAAACGCGAGGCUGUGGAUCCACACCAUCCAUCCAUAAAGAACAAUAAUUGAGCUCCCAAUAGCAUGAUGCCGUGCCUUUAUGCUCCUCAUGUAGGCUUUUAAAGACGCCAUUUUCAACUUUUGAAAUGAGUAGACUGUUAGCAAUCAACCAUACUAACCUAUACGUAAGUAUGUUGUGUCAUUAAAUUGUGUAUUUAUUUCACGACUUCAACUGAAAACGUGAAACAUUUACAUAUUAUACAGCUUCACUACACAUACAGCCAUAUAUUUCAUCAUUUUGAUGAUUAUAGCUAAGAAAAAGCCCAAAUUUAGCAUCGAAUGACAUGAGAAAAAAAACGCUAAUAGUUAUAUACAAAUAUACACGACAGCAGAAUGUAAAAUAAAAGCUAAAAUAAUGUAAUAGCAGCCUCCAUUUGUGGCUUUUGCAAUAUUUUGUGGAAACUAAAUGCGUAUACUGUAUGCUAUACAGUUGCUGCCUUAAGGACAUAAAAACACCAUGAGAUGGUUAUGAUUUGGGAUGCACUUACCCGGCAAAGAAAACUAGUUUUUGCUAGUUUUUUAUGUGUAUUUUAGACGAGUGAUUUUCAACCACUGUGCCGCGAGGAAUUAUCAAAUAUUUUUUUCAAUUAACAUUUAUUAAUAAAUUUCUAUAAAUAUUAUGUCAUAUAUGUCGAUUGUCCGUGGUGUGCAAUGUAAUAUUCGUCCGUGUGGCAACACGCACCUUAUUGCUUCGUUCCUUAUUUUAUUAGUGAUGCACGUGAGGUGGUUAAGUGGUGUGCCGCAAGAUUUUUUCCAAUGUAAAAAAAACGUGCCGUGGCUCAAAAAAAGGUUGAAAAACACUGUUCGAUACUAUACACAUUAUAUUAAGCCUCUUGUGAAUGCUUGACUCUGCAGUGUUACCACUCAUCUACCGUCAUGUACAAUCCUUACUGUUCACCUAAAGUGCUGGCAGACUACAUGCAUACCUACAGUACAGUCUAUGUGUAUUUAUAAUAGAGGCCACCAGGAGGCACUGUUUACAAGUGUUAAGUGUUCCGCAUGUAACGUUUAAAUGAAGAUGUAAAGAGCAGUUUAUUGUGUGUAUCACAAUAAAGUCACAAGCUA